AUGGCGGCGGGCACGCACCCGGCGGCCGGCCCUCGGUCCCGCGCGGCCAUGGCCCAGCGGCGGAAGAAGAAGGGGCUCCGCAAGCGCCGGGGCGCGGCCCCCCAGGCCCGCAGCAGCGACUCGGAGGACGGCGAGUUUGAGAUCCAGGCGGAGGAUGACGCGCGGGCCCAGAAGCUAGGACCCGGCAGACCCCUGCCCACCUUCCCCACGUCAGAAUGCACCUCCGACGUGGAGCCGGACACGCGGGAGAUGGUGCGAGCCCAGAAUAAGAAGAAGAAGAAGUCGGGAGGCUUCCAGUCCAUGGGCCUGAGCUACCCGGUGUUCAGAGGCGUCAUGAAGAAGGGCUACAAGGUGCCGACCCCCAUCCAGAGGAAGACCAUCCCUGUGAUCCUGGAUGGCAAGGACGUGGUGGCCAUGGCCCGGACGGGCAGUGGCAAGACGGCCUGCUUUCUCAUCCCCAUGUUCGAGCGGCUCAAGACACACAGUGCCCAGACCGGGGCCCGCGCCCUUGUCCUCUCGCCCACCCGAGAGCUAGCUCUGCAGACCAUGAAGUUCACCAAGGAGCUGGGCAAGUUCACGGGCCUCAAGACUGCCCUGAUCCUGGGCGGAGACAAAAUGGAAGACCAAUUUGCGGCCCUGCAUGAAAAUCCUGACAUAAUCAUUGCUACCCCAGGACGCCUGGUGCAUGUGGCCGUGGAGAUGAGCCUGAAGCUGCAGAGUGUGGAGUACGUGGUGUUUGACGAGGCCGACAGGCUCUUUGAGAUGGGGUUUGCAGAGCAGCUGCAGGAAAUCAUCGGCCGCCUCCCUGGGGGCCACCAGACAGUUCUGUUCUCCGCCACGCUGCCCAAGCUGCUGGUGGAGUUCGCCCAGGCGGGCCUCACGGAGCCCGUGCUCAUCCGGCUCGAUGUGGACGCCAAGCUCAACGAGCAGCUCAAGACCUCCUUCUUGCUGGUGCGCGAGGACGCCAAGGCCGCUGUGCUGCUGCACCUGCUGCGCACCGCGGUGCGGCCCCAGGACCAGACGGUGGUGUUUGUGGCCACGAAGCACCACGCCGAGUACCUCAGCGAGCUGCUGACGACCCAGCGGGUGAGCUGUGCCCACAUCUACUCCGCCCUGGACCAGACAGCCCGCAAGAUCAACCUGGCCAAGUUCACGCACGGCAAGUGCUCUGCCCUCAUCGUGACCGACCUGGCGGCCCGGGGCCUGGACAUCCCGCUGCUGGACAACGUCAUCAACUACAGCUUCCCCGCCAAGGGCAAGCUCUUCCUGCACCGCGUGGGCCGCGUGGCCCGGGCUGGCCGAAGUGGUACGGCCUACUCCUUGGUGGCCCCGGACGAGGUCCCCUACCUGCUGGACCUUCACCUGUUCCUGGGCCGCACCCUCACCCUCGCCUGCCCCCACGAGGAGCCCUCAGGUGCGGUCGGUGGGGAUGGUGUGCUGGGCCGGGUGCCACAGAGCGUGGUGGACGACGAAGACUGCAGCCUGCGGAACACCCUGGAGGCAUCGCUGGAGCUGCGGGGCCUGGGCCGCGUGGCCGACAACGCCCAGCAGCAGUACGUGCGCUCGCGGCCGGCGCCCUCGCCGGAGUCGAUCAAGAGGGCCAAGGAGCUGGACCUCGCGGGGCUGGGCCUGCACCCCCUCUUCAGCUCGCGCUUCGAAGAGAAGGAGCUGCAGCGGCUGAGGCUGGUAGACAGCAUCAAGAGCUACCGCGCACGGGCGACCAUCUUUGAGAUCAACGCCUCUAGCCGGGACCUGAGCAGCCAGGUGAUGCGUGCCAAGCGGCAGAAGGACUGCAAGGCCAUCGCCCGCUUCCAGCAGGGGCGGCAGGAGCGGCAGGAAAGCCUGGCCAGCGCAGCCUCAAGCUGCCCGCCACCACAGGGCGAGCCGCCUAAGGAGGAGGAGGAGGCAGAGGCAGGAGACAGCGUGGAGGAUGUCUUCACAGAGGUCGUGGGCCGGAAGCGGCAGCAGUCGGCUGCUGACCCUGCCCGAGGGGCCAAGAGGCGGAGGGAGGAGGCCCGGCAGCGGGACCAGGCAUUCUACGUCCCCUACCGGCCCAAGGACUUUGACAGCGAGCGGGGCCUGAGCGUCAGUGGCGACCGGGGGGCCUUUGAGCAGCAGGCGGCCAGCGCUGUCCUGGACCUGAUGGGGGACGAAGCCCAGAACCUGACCAGGGGCCGGCAGCAGCUCAAGUGGGACCGGAAGAAGAAGCGGUUUGUGGGACAGUCGGGACAAGAGGACAAGAAGAAGAUCAAGACUGAGAGUGGCCGCUACAUCAGCAGCUCCUACAAGCGGGACCUCUACCAGAAGUGGAAACAGAAACAGAAAAUCGAUGAUCGUGACUCGGAGGAGGAAGGGGCGCCCGACCGGCAGGGCCCAGAGCGAAGAGGUGGGAAGCGGGGCCGAGGCCAAGGUCCACCCCGGCCCCGCCCCUCCAGUGCCCCCGCGGGCCGCGUACGCUCCGAGCUCAAGAGCAAGCAGCAGAUCUUGAAGCAGCGGCGCCGAGCCCAGAAGCUGCGCUUCCUGCAGCGCGGGGGCCUCAAGCAGCUCUCCGCCCGCAACCAGCGCCGUGUCCGGGAACUGCAGCAGGCCGCCUUCGGCCGGGGCGCCCCCUCCAAGAAGGGCAAGAUGCGGAAGAGGAUGUGAGGAGGGUGACCCAGCCCCGCGGCUCCUCGCUUGGCCCAAGUGCGGACAUCAGCACCUGUUCCGUGGGCAGCACUGUGUGCCGGCCCUAUCCCGGGCACCGGGGGAGCUGCCUGCAGCAGCCGUCCUUGGAAAGGAGUGCUGGACGGCCACAGAGGGACAGCAGCUGCCUCUGCCCAAGACAGAGACAUCUGAGCAGGGUGUUGAAGGGUGCAUAGGAGUUCGCCAGCAAGGCCAGGCAGGCCAAGACCUGAGUGGGCAGGUCAGCUGCUGCUGCUCUCAUGUGUUCUGAGUUCAGAGGUCAUGGCCACACGGGUCUGAACCCCGAGUGCCUGAGGCCCAGUGAUGUAUUUUUAAUGUGAUAAACCUUUAUUGAGCA